AUGAAUCCAGGCUUAGUGCUUGCCUAUUCCUUAGGGAUUUUCAUAUGUAUUGCAGGUAAGAACAAGUGGUUUUCUUGUGAAGGCCUAAUUUGGAACGGAAAAGAAAUAUAACCACCUUGAACGUCAUGGUCGUUUUUUACGACAGGUGAAUACAGGCUGCACCAUUCUUUCAAGAAAAUGUCAUCCAUCAGAAUAAGUUUCGCUCAUGCGCAAUCUCAGUGCGUAAAGCCAAACUAUCCCUCGGAAACUUAAUGAGGCGUUAUAAAAAACUUCGUGAGGUCUCUAUGCUAUUAGGUCCGUUAUCCGUUAUUCAGUUAUAUCAUGGAAUAGUCUCCUUUCAUUCUAUUAAGCAUGCUACCAGUGCUCAACAAUUUAAGUGUUCUACUUGCUCACUACUGAUAAGAUCAGGCUGAGUUUCUUUGGCUUUCGGCCGCCACAGUUACACCCCUAGCAGACCCUAACUGUGCACACGUAUAUUUCCAUUAUUUACCUAUUUUUUUUCUUCCGAUUUAAGUAUUUCUAUCUUAUAGUUUUAGACAUUGUAGGGGUUGAAAUUCAAUUGUGGCUCCUUCCUAGUUUUUAUCUCCAGUCAGCGUGCUGUUGUUUGUUUGUAUGUAAUUUCUCUCUUGACAAAUACAUAAGCCCUUGAAAGUUGAACUGGCGAAAUACUGACCGACGUUUUGGGUUGGGUUGUUUUGCUUGAUUUUUUCCAGGAUAUUAACUAGUAUUAUAAAUUAAGAUUUUUGGCAGUGUCAUAAUCAACUCCUCUUGUUAGUCUCAGAGCUCGUUUACUGAGUACAUCCAUGACACUAGCAUAAGCACGAAGAUAUCUACAGAGAGGGGGAGGGUACUCAAACAAAAUUUUAAAAGGGGGGCCUCCGCCCUGAAGUCCAACACCUUGCGCUUUGACUUACCUAGUUUAAAUCCCUUUUAACUGCUGUAAAUGCACGCUCUUUUAAAUAUGAAUAAAUCACAAACUGGUGAUUUUUCUUGCCUUUUUCACAGCCAUGCAAUCCUUCUGUAGGCCUUUUCGAUAAUUUUACAGACCGAAAUGACAGAUUUUCCUACCCUUUCAUAUACUUUAUCUAGUGAAAUCCCUACUGUUUUAUUUACCCGAGGCCUGAAAGCCUCCCCGUAUAGGCCAUAAAGAGUACCCCCCGGGAUGCAAUAAGCGUAACCAUUUCUCUCUUAAAAAGACCAAGGUAAGAAAAUUCUUAAAAACAUUCUUUUGUCAAAAGAAAUAACUAGUACUAUGUAAAAGUUCUGCCAAAAAGGUUUCAUUUGAAUGGUAGCACCAUAAGGUUUCCUUCACAGAUUUAAUACUGGUUUUAGUAGCAGAUAGAGUGGUUUUCGUUUGAGUGUCGUAAAACCCAAACCAAAGUAAUUACUCUGGCCAAUCACAUAGGACACAGACAAUACAUUGAACCAAUCAAAACUCGAAGUAAUUACAUGUGGCUGACGCAAAGCGCGGGAAAAUGCAUGCGAGCGCGUCACAAUUGGCUUUGGUUUUACUUCUGAUUGGACGAAAAGGUGGCGCGAAUCUUUUAAGCCAAUCGCAUCGUGUAGAAAGUGCAAAACCAAUUACUUUUCGACACUCAAAUGAAAACCGCUCUAGUAACGAAAUACGCAGACCCUGAAUCCACCACUGUUGACGUUAGAAUGAGAAUCCAAGAUGGCAGAAAGAAAAGAGCUCAGUAGCGAGUGCCAAAAUUUUUGUUUUUUGGUUUGUUUGUCUGUUUGUUUUUUGCACUUGUGCUCAUUAUUGCCUUCUGCCGAUUUAUACGUGUGACGCUCGCAAAAACGUGACUUGCGGGCAAGCGCACAGACACAAAGCUUUUCUACUUGCUUCGUACCGAUUUACACGCUUAUUGAGUUAGGCUUAUGCUUUUAAAACAAGAAAGAUUAUUAAAAUGUAGACAUUGCAAGAUUGCAAUUCUCUAUACUUAUGAGAACUGAAGGACAGAGUCACACGGGCUUUAAACUGAAUUAUGAAAAUAGGAUAAGUAGCUAUCAAUUCUGGUUACACACAGUUGUAUCAGUUAAAAGUAGCAUUCAAAAGCUUUUUCACGCUUUUUAGGUGAAGGGCUCCUGUUCUUUCAUUGCUCCUUAAGAAAUUAGAAAUAAGAUUUAUAGGGACAAUGUUAACAAAUGUUUCUCGUCGUAGGGACAUUUGCUCAAUAUCAUAUGAUGUGGCCGCCAAGACCUGGUGACGAAAAGUAUAAAGAGGGAUGCGGAAAAGAAAAAGAGGGCCAUGACUUUCAAUCUCAAGCCCUAAAGACAAAAUGGGGAAAUAGCAGGUGGCGCAGCUAUCCAAAGGCAUGGGAAAAUAAACGAGACGAGACCGAGUAUCCGCCAAGGCCUGGUGAUGCAGGAGUCGACGAAGACAUGGGCUCGACUGCAUCCAGUCUUUCCGAUGCCAUAUAUAAUGAAAUACAAACCCAUAAGCAUCACGGAAAUCGAAUUGCACCUGGCAAAAGAUCUUUAGCCCGAAGGAAGCUUAAUCGAUCAUAUUAG